AUGGAGGCGGCCGGAGUGGCCCCCAUCCGAGCCCAGUACCGCUGUACGAAAGAGGAUUUCCACGCUUACCUUGAAAAAGAAGAGAAGCCGAGGAAAGAUCCAGAUGGAGCGAAGAACAACCUGGAGGCCGAGCCGGGGCUGCCUCCCGCCAAGCUGCAGAAGCUGGAACUUGAUGGGGCCGAAGAAGAGAGGCCGGCGGAAGUUGCCGUUGCCGCCGAGAGCGCACAAGGGCCUCCGGGACGGAAGAGGCUGCGAGGGCAGAACAAGAACCGCCCUUGCAUGAAGCCGGCUCACUACGAGAAGCAGCGCUUGUGCCCCUCCGUGGUUCACGAACGUGUGGAAAAAUGCUUCUACGGCGCCAAGUGCCGCUUCCUGCACGACCUGAAGGAGUACAUGGCCGCCAAGCCACCCGACCUCGGGGGGCGCUGCCUGCUUUUUGAGACCUUCGGCAGGUGCACGUACGGGGCCACCUGCCGGUUCGCCGGAGCUCACCUGGGAGAGGACUACAAGAACCGGGUGAACGCCGAGCUCCUGAAGCAGUGGGAGGGACGGCUGGCGGUGAGGAACAGCCUCAGCAAGGACGUCCAGCAACAGCUGCGGAAGAAGAAAAUGCCCUUUGCCAGAUCCAGCGAGUACCUCCGUUCCUUGGGGAAGUCCCAUCCGGCCAGGAGGCCCGGGACCUGGGAUGCCAGCCCCGUAGCAGCCAAGACGGGGGUCUCGGACUGUUCUGAAGGACCAAAGGAGCCUGGAAUGGCCAGGUUGGAGGCCCCGGACAAUCCUAACCCAUCCGAAGAAGAAGGACUCGGUUCUGCUCCGAAGGGCUCAAGUCCUUCGGCAGAACCUGCUCUGAAAAGGCUGGGCGCUGUGACGGACGAGGACACGGUGAAGCUGAGGCCGUCUGAGAAAGCCCAGCUGGACCUCCGUGGCAAGCUCUAUUUGGCCCCCCUGACAACGUGCGGCAACCUGCCCUUCCGGAGGGUAUGCAAAGGCUACGGGGCGGACGUCACCUGCGGAGAGAUGGCGGUCUGCACCAACCUGCUUCAGGGACAGUCGUCCGAAUGGGCCUUGCUGAAGCGGCACGAGACCGAGGACCUCUUUGGGGUUCAGCUGGAAGGAGCCUUUCCAGACACCAUGACGAAAUGCGCGGAGCUGCUGAACCAAACCAUCGAGGUGGAUUUUGUGGAUAUUAACGUGGGGUGCCCCAUUGACCUGGUCUAUAACAAGGGUGGUGGAUGCGCUCUGAUGACCCGCAACAAUAAGUUUGAGCAAAUCGUCCGCGGCAUGAACUCCGUCCUGGAUGUUCCCCUGACGGUGAAGAUCAGGACAGGCGUGCAAGAGAAAACGAACCUGGCUCAUAAAGUGAUCCCCAACCUCCGAGAAUGGGGAGCCUCGUUGGUGACGCUUCACGGCCGGUCGAGAGAGCAGAGGUACACAAAGAUGGCAGACUGGGAAUACAUUGCAGAGUGUGUCAAAGUGGCCAGCCCCAUGCCUCUCUUCGGAAAUGGCGAUAUUUUCUCUUUCGAAGAUGCUAACCGGGCCAUGACGAGCGGAGUUUCAGGGAUCAUGAUUGCACGGGGAGCGCUGAUCAAACCUUGGAUCUUCACCGAAAUCAAAGAACAGCGGCACUGGGACAUCUCUUCCAGAGAGAGGCUGGAGAUUCUCCAGGACUACACAAACUAUGGUUUGGAACACUGGGGCUCAGACACCCAGGGCGUGGAGAAGACCAGGAAGUUCCUGCUGGAGUGGCUUUCCUUCCUCUGCAG